UAUAAACAUGGCGCCCACAAUGUAAACAUUCCAACGUGAACAUCAUUUGCCGAGUAUACAGUAACUAUAUGAUACAACUUUUUUGUCAUUAUUACCAUGAAGAGUUCAAUGGCGGGUCGCUUGACCAUGUCCUCCUUGUUGGCACCAAGUCUGGACAGCAGUCUAGCCAGUAAUACAAGCUCUCAGAACAGGAGCAGUGCAAGCCUCACUAAAGCUGAAAAGGAGAUAAAGGCACUUAAAGCAGAAAAUAACAAGCUGAGAAAAGAUUUGGAGGAUGUGAGGUCUCUUUAUAACCAGCUGGUAUCUGAAAAUUCUCAUGAGAAAUUUGACGAGAGGAGGAUCACAUUACUGAAGUCCCACAUCAUACAGUUAGAAAGACAGGUACUGUUGAUGUCCGAGGCCCUGAGCUCUCGCAGUGGAGCAUUAAUGGAGGUGGAGAAUGCCCUUACAUGGUUGGCUGACAAAUGCAGACACUAUAUAGCCCUGGAGGUCCCAGGAGCAACAGUUUCUGUUCCAAGGUCAGACUUCACACAGAUGGUACACACUGCUGAGUCGAGUAGAAUCAAGCUUUUCAAAAACAUAGAGAACUGCUCCACACAGACACAAGGCCAGGCUCUGAUGUUUAUGAAUGCCUUCAUCAAACCACAAUCCUUCCAGAAUUGUACCUUGUUAGAUAUAGCCUCCGGUAGACUUGACUACAUCAACCUAAAACAUGUGUCAAAGCUGGAGAGCAAGUUAUCCUCCCUAUACAAAGACCUUACGCAGCUUCACGAUGUCCUGGAGACCCCACAGGACAGAUCUGUGAUGACGUCAUCAUGUGUAGCUAGUGUGAUCCGUGACAGGGCAUCAACCCAACUCCUCAGGUCCUGUGCCCGCCUCAAAGACUGUUGUGGAGACCUGCUUUCUCUCUCACUGCUCUACCCCAGUGCACCCUGGCCACCAUUGAAGAAAUCGAUGCUGAAAGAUGUGACCUGUGAUCAUGUGAUGGCCAGUCUUCCUAGUCUUCCUAAGUCUAAAAUACCAGAGGUCAAGCGAGUGAUGACCGCUCUCCUUAAAGCCCAGAGUUAUCAUCAUCACAUGCUGUCCCAACAGAUAAAAGGAUUAAAAGAAGAAGUGAAAUUCCAUCAAGCUGUUUAUAAUCUCCAGAUCUCCUACUCCGAGACACUCCUGACCGCAGUAAGGGAAGGAUACAGAGACUUUGAGAAGUCCACUAAUGAGUUCCUCAUCAAGCCUCUACGUGAUAUUUUGGAGGCCUAUUUAAGUAUGAAAACCUCAGGCAGUGAGACUGGUCUUCGGCAAUUCCUGACUUGUUUCAAAAAUAGCGAGGAUCAGCUAAUGGAUGCUGUCCUAAAACUGUCAACAGAGGGUAAACAUGAAAAUGGGAGUGGUGCGGAGGUUCUGUCCCAGUUUGGGGAGGAGUUUACUAAAUCUCUGGAUAAGGCUGUGAAACAAAGUCAGUGGCGGAGAGAUAAGGCAGGGAAGGAGAGAGCAGAAUUAAAGGAAGAACAAAAGAAACUUGAGGAGGAACUACAAAGUCUCCUGGACAAACAGGAGAGCUCCUUUCAAGAUAUGUUUCCUCAGAGUGACGACACACUAGCAGCCACGGACAGGAGUAUAUUAACAGGGAAUGAAGAUAGUGAAGCCAGCACCAAAAAUAGACACUCAGCUGCCAAAUCUAACAUUGACAAUAGAUUCUCAUUACACGAAAGUGGCUCACUCAACAAGGACCCAUUAGCUCAGUGUACUGAGAAUGUGUCACGUCUCAGUUUAGAGGAGAAGUCUUCGAUACAGGGCAUGCAAAGAGACAAUAGUCCCUCGAACAGUAGAGGGAUUAAACCUCCUCGCAGUAGUCGUAGGGGCAAUAGUCUGCCUGAUAGGAAGCAUAGGAGUGUGAGUCGUUCAGGAAAUAUACAAAGAGUGUCUAGCCCAUCAGAGGGAAGACAGAAGAAUGAAGGUCAGGAGGGAAAACUGCAUGCAGAGAUUAGUUCUCUAGAGAAUAAAGAGGAGGGCAGGUCAAGCAGUGUACCAGGCAUUCCACCUGUAGGGAAAAAAACAGGGAAAGUUAAAAAGGAGCAGAAAUAUCUUCCAAACACUUUUGUUCCCAACAGAACACUGAAGCUGAGAAGGGCUGGGAGUCUGAGCUCUCUCAGUGAUCAACAAGAUACAGGGUCAGAUACUGAAUCGGUCAGUAGUCAAACAUUAAGGGGGGUAAAUCCUGGAGCAGCCCGCAAAUCAACAAUACCACGGAGAUCAAUUAGUAGAUCAGGUCACAGCUAACAAUACUCAAGCUUGUGCUAAGUAGUGAAGUAUGAGUACUAGCUAGAUUUAUAAGUGCGUACAAUUUUAAGUCUCUUCUUUUCAAAUUCACCAUUAGAUACGGGAAGUUAUUUACAAGUGGUGAUAUAUUUGUGGCUGUCACUGUAAUGAUAUAAAGGCAUUAAAAUCUGGUGUCAAGAACUGUCCACUAACUCUGAAUGUCCAAGGGCCUGUUCAUUUAUGCGGACAAACUGGUUCGUCAGUUUUUAAAUGUGAUAUUUCAAACAUAUACCUUGACGGAUCUGCAAAUGUUAAUACAGGCCUUGGAAGUCUUUAUCAAGACUUGUCCGAAAACAAUAUAAAAUCACCAGGUCUUUAUUUCAUAAACGAACAACAUCAGUCCAACCGUUUGGACCGCAAAAACGAAAACGGCCCUGUCUGCCAUUUCGUAUCUACAUGUAUAUGUCCUAAUUUAAUUCCAAGUUUUAUAUCUUCUGAAUAUGUAAUUUAUAUAUUUUAUACUUUAUUAGUACUGUUUGUUUUUGUUCUUGUAUUUCACUGUUGUUAUCUAUUUUUAACUUAUUUUACAUAAACAUGUCACAAUAAUGUC